GAAAUCCCAAUGCCCGAGAGAGGCAGUGGAAGCUACUGAGAAAGCAAAGUCAGUACAGAGCAGACAAGCAAAGGUGCGUCACCUUACCACAAGAAACUACAUGGUACUAGGAGGAUAGGAUCAAUUUCAUCCAGGAUCCUUCCUAACCUGUGUUGGUGGAGCAGAAGUAAAGACCUUCCUCGUUCUGGGAUUAAGGAAAUGGAAACAGUGCAUCAGGAAGUCCUGGCUUGAUUCAGUGGACACUUUCAGUUUGAUGCAUUAUUCCUUGUUCUAGCUUUGGCAGUGCAACCACUUCACAGACUGACAGCAUGGAGAAACUCUCAGGCAAAGACAAGGAGCUGAUCCGGGACAGCUGGGAGAACCUCGGCAAGAACAAGGUCCCACAUGGCAUUGUCAUGUUUACGAGGCUUUUUGAGCUGGACCCAACUCUGCUAUCCCUGUUCAACUACAAAACCAAAUGUGGAGUCGUGCCAGAGUGCCUCUCCAGCCCAGAGUUCCUGGAGCAUGUCACCAAGGUGAUGUUGGUGAUUGACGCAGCUGUCAGCCAUCUUGAUGACUUGCAUACUUUGGAGGACUUUUUGUUGAACCUGGGCAAGAAGCACCAAGCUGUUGGCGUCAAAACCCAGUCCUUCGCUGUGGUUGGAGAGGCUCUGCUCUACAUGUUGCAGUGCAGUUUGGGUGCAGGCUACACAGCUGCACUGCGUCAGGCCUGGCUCAACAUGUACAGUAUUGUGGUGUCUGCCAUGACUAGAGGCUGGGCCAAAAAUGGAGAACACGAGUCCAAUUGAGCAGCAGCAGAAGAUAAAGUAAGAAUUACACUGAAACUAGGUCAAUCAGUGGCAGACAUGCAGCUGCUUUGUAUUGUAGCUUGGGCAGAGAAGACAUUAUACCAGAUGUGGUUAAGCAAGUUUAGGUGCUGACUGCCUAAAUAUCACUAGUGUAUGCCAUCUGAUCUUUUUCUAGAGAGUGGUUAGAGAAGAUGAAAGCUUUGGGGGCAAUAAUUUGUAGGUUGUGUGGAUCUUUUGAAGCUGAGACAACAUGGGGGGUAGGUUAAAGGUGAUGCUUCAUGACUGGAACUUGCCUUGUAUAUAAUGGCUCGAUGUGUAUCCUCAAACUAUCUGUAAUGGCUGUUGUGCUGUUUGUGAUGUUUUUUACUUGAGUCUCAUGAAACAGAGAUUUGACUAUGCACCAGUUGGCCUGUACAACAUGGAGCUGAAAGGCAUGUCGAGACCGCUCUCAAAGCUCCUUUGGAAAACCACAUACUACAAAGCUCCCGUAAUGUUCUAUCUCAUUGUCCAAUAAACUGAUAGCCUGUGUAAUGUAAAUUCUAUUCUAGCACAGUAAAUUAGCCAGAUUCAAAUGGUAGUAUAUUGCUUAAUCUACAUGAGGUGCACAGAUCCUUUUUUCAGUAUGACAAGUAAGCAGUCAUUGAAGGUGAUAAAGAAUGGUUUGAAAAAAGACAGAUCAUCAGUAUCAAUAUUACUGCAAUGAAUGAAUGAUAAUGACUGUUACAGAAGAUUUCCCACAAGAUAACAAAGACUGUUAGUUAUUCUGUGCCACGUUACUACCGUACAUAUUCAUAUUUCAUACAGUUAUUUUUAUACACUCACAGAAGACUUGGCCAGACUGUUACUUACCAUGAAGAGACUGUUAUAUCAUGUAUAGAUGAUCCAGCAGCAGUGACAGAUCUCCUCACUGGUUCAGAAUAGGGGGUGGUACAUUAAUCACCAGUGCAAUUGAAUUCUAAGACCUUGACAUAAUAAAGAUUAAGUUUGAAUUAGUUUAUUUUAACCAACACUGCAUCUGAAUGCCAGUUCUUGUAUAUUUUUUGUUUUAUAUCGCUUGCACACUGUAACAAAGGGAUUGCAAUCAUGUUUGUUUGCAUAAAUAUGAGCCGUAAGAAGUUAAAAGCGAUGAUUUCCUUUUGCUGCUACAAAUAGAGUAUCAAAGUAUCUUAAUAGCACUAUCAUAACAUUGUUCAAUUACUUUAGGAAAUGUUGCUACAUUUAAACUUAUAAUGCCAAGUAUUUUAAUAUGUGCCAACCGACAAUGACAUUGUGUUAAGCAUAUAGUGGAGAGUGGGGCACAACCUAACAUACUUUGUUUUUUGCUAUCCUCUAUAAAAUCUAUACACAUUUCUGCUACAAAUGACAAUGUAAACUUUGCUUUCAAUACCUAUUCAGUCAGUUCAGCCUAAAGUGGCAGGAGUGCAAACUUCAUUUUUCUGAUUAAUCUGUGCAUAAAGCAAAACAACCAAAAAAAAAACAACUUUUGAAUUUAUAUGAACAACUUUAGCAAUAUUCUGCGAGGUUAGCUGCAGAAAAAACACUAUUUAAAUAAUCAAUUAGUCAUGGUGUUCAUUUUUCAUUAGGCUAAUUAAAAUACAAGGCUUACAUAGUUUCUGUGUGGUUAAUCAUAUCAUCUACUAAAAGUCAUACACUAACAGUACAAUCUCAUCAGAUACCUGAACAGGAAAAACCAUGCACAUGAUGAACAAUAUUUUCUGAUACAUAUGCCAACGCUGCUCAUUCUAAACCAAAACAGAAUUAGCUCAAAGACUAAAUGCACUUUUCACUAUGGUUUUAAUCAGAUAUUAGUGUCUUAUUAUAGCUGUUUUUUGCUAUCAACGAAUAAUCUCUCUCAUACUUGCACCUGGCCAUUGUGCCUGAUGAUGCUCAGUUUUAUGUGUCAUACAACAAAUUGUCUUUGCAGUGCUACCAUUGUUUUAGAUGAAGCGCAAAUGUCAACACACCAACUGAUUGAUAAAAUUAUUCAUUCAAAAUUAUACAAACAAUUUCUUAAAUUAAACUGAAAUUAACCAUAAUUUCAGCUAGUUAUUGCAGCCCUAGGUUCGACUAACUCCACCACAUUAGCCUGGCUAGCUCUCAGUAAAUUUCCUUGCUUCAAAAUGAUGCUACUAAGAUGGAGAUAAAAUAAUGUGGGUGUGAAUUUGAUGACUUACACACCUCAGUUAUUGAAAAACACAUUUAAGAUGAAAAAUGUCACUUUAAUAGUACAAAAAUUUCAGGUCAUCAGGUUGAAUCUCAAGAGGUGUCUGACUGCUGUCAAAAUAUGCAUGUUAUGUUUUAUCCCGCAUUAGAUUAUGCCCCGCUCUCCCCUAGUCUACAACUUCACCAAGACUAAGUUACUGAUCAAUUGCUUACGUCUUGGUUCUCUGUAUCAUACCAACUACUGUAUUUAUAACCUAUUUUUGUAUUUAAGUGUGUAUGUGGAUAGAUAAUAUGGUAUAUUGUCACUACUCGGUGGUGCUGUAUGACUUUUUUGUGUAAACAUAUGUUUUUCCUCUUAGAUUUAACAGAUUUAAAACUGGCUUUCCAGUAACUAUUGAGAUGUCAUUGACUCUCAGUACAGAAAGUAAUCUUGAAUUGAUUUAAUGUAUCUGACAGGCACAUACUCUCAAUCUUUUUGGAAUGUUAAAUCAACGUAAGCAGUGUUUUAAGGUGUAAAUAUUCUUAUGGCACUAAGCACACUUGUUGUGGUCCAUAUCUAUUUAUUCCUUGAUGUGUUGUGUGAGUGUAAUGCUGUAUUUGAUCCAGUAUUCUUUAUUCUCUUGGUAUUCUGUAACUGAAGUGUCUGGAUGUCUACCUCACUUAUGUAGCUGCUAAAGAACAGCGAUGAUAUGACCUGACUCCUCAACCAAAAAUACUGAUGCUUCACAAACACUGUACAUCUUCUGUUUCUUCAAGCAAACAGGCUGUAACUCAGACUCUGUCAUGAUUCAUUUGGAGCUCAUGUGUUCAAAUAACAUGAAUAAAGUUUAUUACAUGUGUCA